UUACAACAAUUAAAAAAAUUCAAAUAAACUGCCAUAUUGUUUAAACACUCAUAAAAUUUUUUCAGUUUAAUAUUACUGAUACUGAAUGGUUUAACACCAUUUGCCCGUAGUGGUAACGACUGACCUUUAAAGGGGUCCAUGUGUUCGCGCGACUGGAUUCUCUCCUAUCUCAUUAAUCUCUCAGAUUUUGAUAUCGAAUUGGAAUCCAGAAGUCGAAAUCGCAACAGAGAUUUCUGUUUAUCUUAUUAUUAUAUUAUUAUAUAUAUAUGUAUAGAGAGAGAGAGAGAGAAAGUGGUUGUGGGUCGUACCUGGUUUUUUUUUUUUGUAUGAAUGGCGGAGAUCUGUUGCGGAAUGGUGAGUGAAAAGGACGCAUCGCCACCAUGCGAGAGCGGAUCACGAUCAUCUAGGCGGCGGAGAAUGGAGAUUCGGAGAAUCAAGUUCGUGGCUGAUAUAGCUAUGCCGGAGAAUGAGAGCGGGGAGAAACGUCCGAAGCUAGAACUUUAUACUUCCAGAGAGUGCGAUAACGCCGUGGAAAACUGUGAUCCGGACGGAGAACAGAUUCGAACGGAGAGGGAAAAUGGGAGGUCGGAGACAAAAGAAAUUGUAGUUUGGAAUCCGCCUACAGUUCUUGUUGACCCUGAGGCGUAUCCAAAAUACGGUGUGGCUUCAGUUUGUGGAAGGAGGAGAGAUAUGGAAGACGCAGUGGCGAUACAUCCUUCCUUCUGCAGGCGAGAACAUGAAAACACUACUGAAUCGCAUUACUUCGGCGUUUAUGAUGGUCAUGGAUGCUCUCAUGUGGCGAUGAAGUGUAGAGACAGGUUACAUGAACUGGUGAAGGAAGAGGUAGAGAACAAGGUUGAAUCAGCAGAUUGGGAGAGGGUGAUGGUGCGUAGCUUCUAUCGUAUGGACAAAGAGGUUAUUGCAUGGGACGAUGGCGUUUUAGUUGCUAAUUGCCGAUGCGAACUCCAAACGCCGGACUGUGAUGCCGUUGGAUCCACCGCCGUCGUCUCUAUCUUAACGCCUAACAAAAUCAUCGUCGCCAACUGUGGUGAUUCCAGAGCUGUUCUUUGCCGGAAUGGCAAACCGAUUCCCCUAUCAACGGAUCACAAGCCGGAUCGUCCGGAUGAGUUAAGCAGGAUCCAAGAGGCCGGCGGCCGAGUUAUAUACUGGGAAGGUGCUCGAGUUCUCGGCGUCCUCGCCAUGUCUAGAGCCAUCGGUGAUUAUUAUUUAAAGCCAUACGUUAGUUGUGAACCAGAGGUGACGAUAACCGAUCGGACGGCUGAUGAUGACUGCUUGAUUCUUGCGAGUGAUGGACUAUGGGACGUGGUGUCAAACGAGACCGCUUGUGGAGUGGCUAAGAUGUGUCUGAAGGGGAAGGCACAGGCGGUGAGCACUUCCUCGUCGUCGUCGUCGUCUCAACCGGGGAAUGGCGGCGGCGUUAAAAAUUCCGACGAGGCGUGCUCGGACGCGUCGUUGCUGUUGACGAAGCUGGCUUUGGCCAGACGGAGUGCUGACAACGUGAGCGUGGUUGUGAUCGAUCUGAGUAAUAACACGUAGGUAUGGAAAGAUCUGACCCAUCACCUUUGUUAAUUGUUUUGUUUUCAUGGUAUUCUUGAUGUUGUUGUUGUUGUUGUAUUUGUAUGCUAACGUUUUUUAAGUCAAAACAAAAAUGUAAAUAUAUUUUCUUAUUUGGUAAGUCUGAAAAUACGUAGCAACCUAAAAAGAGAUGAAAAAUAGCAAUGAGAAUUUCAUUUCACCCCUAUAAAAAGCAAAAUUGUUUGCAUUUCUUUUUUGGCUACAAAAAGGAAUACAGUGAGAAUUGUUUGCAUUUUGUUCACUUUCUACUUUAUGACUCGUUAUUUACAGGUGUUAUUAAUUAUCCUUAAAAAUCAAUUUCAAAGAGAGAGAGAGAGAUCUGGACUGGUGUGGGUUCUUUCAUGUGAUAUACGGAGCGAAGGAAUAAGGAAAGAUUGCUACUGCAGUGCCUUAACAAAAUACUUGCAAAGUUUGUUGUCCAACCUUAGUUACCUCUUAGCACAAAAUUAGUACGUUUGUUUGGUAGGAAACUGACACAGGCAUAUGCGUCGCAUCAAGUCAAAUUUUAAUAUUGAGAUUUGAGCAAUGAGUCUGCAAUACUUGUUUUUUCAUUUGAACGAUUAACAGUUAUUGAUUAAAAAAAAAUUGAAAAUGAAAAAAAUACAUAUAUCACAAAUAUCUCAGUUUUCAGUAAUAUAGUUAGAUUAGAUAGAUUCCUUCAAAAAAAUAGAACUAGGAAUCACGAAGCAACACUCUUGCGUUAGGCCAUCUCAAACAGUUGAUCUAAAAUAACACAAUAUUCAAAUUAUAGUGCUAUUUAACUCAAAAAUUUCAUUCUAACUUCAAAACAUCUAAAAUAAUAUUUUAUUAAAGAGAUGCUCUAUAUUU